UUACGGGAUUUAUAUUAUGAGUUCCCAUGUUUGGCUGUGGUGAUUGCGACAGAGACGGUGCCCACAUCGCACAUUCUUCGAGCUUGACCACCCUGGUUGUGAGGCCGGAUAUGGCGGAAGACAGAUUGCCGAUUGCACUUUGUAGUUCGGUAACCAUCGGAGACCCGGCGCUUGUCGCUUCGAUCGGAAGACUUAUGCAGCGGCACGAGCUCGAGUAGGGAGCGUAACGAGAUGUUUUCCGGACGCCGGCGGACCAACAAGCGUCGUCAGUGUCGUCGUCGUCAAUGACCCCCUCCUGGAUGGCCGGCCAACCGCUGCCGAAGCGGUGCUGCUGCUUCUUGGGCGUCGUUAACCCUCGGAGUUCGUUGAUGCGCCUCCUCUGAACCACGGAAAAGGGUCACCCGCGGCAUUGCUCGUUGCACCGAAGCUUGUAAUUCGGAUGUUCAUAGAACCUUCCUUGACGGCCAGCGUUGGUGUGCGCGCGUGCAGUAAGAGUUGCGCGGAAGGCUCGCAACUGGGAGCAACGUACUUGACCCCUCGGACUCGCCAAAGCAGGAAAUAUCUGUGGACGCACGCGAAACCGAGACGCUUUCAAGGUGCACCGGUGAUUAUAUACGCAUGUGCGAAUUCGUGCGCUAGCCAUCCGAAACGACUGCAUCGCCUUCAUUGUCCCGGUGAAAACUGCGCUAGACCUGACCAUCGUGGAAGGCUGAACUAAUGCUCCGGCCAGCCCUUCAUAUGGCGAACUCGUGACGAUUGCUGCACCUAAAUGGACUCGCAGCUGCAUGGGGGAAGCCCAAGAUGAGCAAGUUGUCGUCGUCGACGCGGACCGGGUUCUGUCGCUGGUCCUCUGACAUCAAACCAAGCAGAGCGGAGAGCCAGGUAACGAAGCCGCCGUGGCUUCUAUAACGACUCUGCCACGUCUAGACACCACCGCGUAGCAGUGUACAGACGGACAUGUAGGUGAAGCUGGCGGCACGAGGAUUGCGCAGAGCGCGAGCAAGAAAUUCGUCGCCGGUAAAAAGGGUUUCCAUUGCUUCACUUUCUCUUUUCUCCCUUUCUCUUCGAAAUGACGUACGCGAAAGAAGUGGCGCGUCGCCACGGCGCCAAGGCACUUGCAGCAAUCUGUUCGCGGCGACAGAACUUCUAGGCGUGAUGUCCGGAGGAGGGGCGCAUACAGGUGCCUGACGCUCUGACACGGUCGGCGAUUGUGCCACCUGAACGUCAUCCGCGCCACGUCGGGUCGUCCGCCGUCGGUCGACUGGUGAAUCUCGGAACUGCCGCUUAGGACGACGACGGCGACUGUAGCAGCGGAGGCGCUUCCGUUGGACGAUAAGCAAAAGAUAGUGCCGCCCCCUGAAAGCGCACGCGAGUGAGCGCAUCGGCGUGCGUGUGUGCGUCUGUGAGUGUCUCGCGGGAGCCUCGAAACAGGAAAAACCGAGCCUUUUUCUCCGCAAUAUUCUUUCCCCUCCGCUCUUCUCGCGCGCGCACUUUCGCGGAGUACGCUCGUCCGCCGUCGUAUCCAACACCGUCGGACGCCGUGCGCAGCCCAAGGGUGUGUGUGUAUGUGUGUGUGAUACCGCGGCCUCGCGUGAUUGCCGCCCGAGCCAUGCGUGCAUGCCGCCGCUCGGACGCUUCCGAUUAGGCGUCGAACACCACCAGCACCGCCACGGAGCGCGCGAGCCGACCGCGCAAGGCGGCCGUCGGCAAAACAACAGCGGCGCAGGGUCUCACCGCCUCCGGCGACGUCGACGGUGGCAGCGGAGACGGCGGCGACUUGGAAAAUCUAGACUCGCGCACGUCAGCAGCCUUGGCGGCGGCCUGGACGACGCCGCCACUCCUCCUCUGCACGUGCCACUUCGCCGUCAAAGCGCGAUGAAGGGCGCCGCCGUUAUAACGUUCAUCGUGCUGCUGCAGCUGUGUGGCCCACUGUGGCCGGCCGCGAGUGGUGUCGUGCGCAACAGGACCGAGGACCUGCCCAUCGUGUUUCCAGACGACGACAACGUGGCCAGCGCAAGCGACGACGCGACGCCGUUGACGACGAGGACGGCUCGCCGGCUGCCCGACCCUCCGUUCGCCCGCAGCAAAGGGAUUCCCGAUUCGAUCCUCUUCCGGAUGCGCGACGUGAAGAACCUGACCGACUUCGUGAGCCAGUUCCUCGAGGGCUACCGUACGUAUCAGGAAACGAUGCAGGACCCGCCGCCUCCAGUCGCCCCGCUGCAUAUCGCUUAUCUCUACGAGGGUCACGCCGACGCUACCGUGGACGGGUUUGAAGGUCCACCGUCAAUUCUGGGGAAAAAAGGACCCGUGGGAGGUUCGUCGUCCUCGGUGCCCAACCCGGAGCCCGGCACGUGCUUGCCGACCAAGCAGCUGGUCGAGUUCCCAAAACCCAGUGACCCGUCCAUCAUCCUGUGGCCACCGUGCACGAGGGUGCCGCGCUGCGGUGGCUGCUGCCCCAGCACCAUCCUCAAGUGCGCACCCACCAAGAUCACCAACGUCACCUUCAAGGUGAUCAAGGCCCAGUACCCCGAGCCCGGCGCGAGCAAGUUCAACUUCGUGGGCCACGAGAUAGUGACGCUGGAGAAGCACGACAAGUGCAGCUGCGAGUGCAAGGAGCGGCCGAGCGACUGCAACGCGCUGCAGCAGUACAACGAGUGCCGCUGCGUGUGCCGCAACAACAACGAGAUGCUGUCCUGCAACGGGCCGGGCAUGGUGUGGGACCCGCGCGACUGCCGCUGCAAGUGCCGCGACUACGCCGAGUGCUCCACGGGGUUCUACUACAACACGCGCAGCUGCAGAUGUGAGCAGCUGGGACGAUCGCGCAUCGCGCCCCGGAUUCGGCAGCCGCUGCCCAGGCUGUACGCGCCGUACACGGACAACAGGGAGAACGUGCAGUCCAGAAGCUACCGCAACCUGGACCUCUUCAUCGGCGACGAUUACUCGAGGCCGUACACGGACGCCGAGCACGCGCCCACCGUGCGCCGAGACCUGUCCACAAAGACCACGGCGACUUCGCGCAGUUCCUCGUCGUCCGCGACAACCGCCUCACCGUCGGCGGUAACGCCUCGAUCGCCGCAGCGUUCGACGGCGACGCCCCGGUCGUCCACGCCGAGGCCACAUCGCGUCGUCGAGGAGCAGCGUGGCGCACGCACAGCGUAGGACCAAAAGUGUAAAUGCCUCGAACAGAAGACUGUGUGCUUUUUUGCCGAGCGUGCCUUCGAGUGAAAGUGCUGGCCGUGUGUGGGGCUUUCAAACGGGUCGCGGGGUAACAUUCGUCGUGACAACCAUGGCCUGCGGGAGCAGGCGGAGGCCGCACCACAACGAUGGCCCGAUCUCGGAGGUAGUGCCACGACUCUAUAGCUGGCCGAAAUGGACGGACGUACGUGCCGGGACUUGCUACCUUGUUUGUUGGUCAUGUGCUUGAAUGUGUGCUCCUGAGAUUGUGUGAAGAAAGGCGUGGACACUCUUUUUGAGACGUCGCAUGGCUCAGGCAGCCAUCGAUGUAUCACUGUUCCGCAAGUGCACCACGCUUAUGCCUCCUUGUGGCACGAGGGCGGAAGUGUGUGGCUGCGUGUGCUGUUGAGUGAAUAAAGAACUCGCACCUUUGACGACUAGAGAAACGACUCAUAUUAUGUCGUUGGUGAUGACGUUGGUAAUUGCGAGCAAAUAUGAAGCUGCAAUAUAUGACAGAAUUUAUGGAAGCAUCUCAAGUCAGCUAAACGGCAGUCAUGCGUGUGAUAUUGCUUGUAUGAACUAAAAUUGCUCGCCGCUUAGAAGAUUUAGUCUAAAAAUCAGUUCUGAGUAUACGUAGGACUUAAAAUGAAUGUAUUAGCUGUCCAUGCACCUUUGAACUCUUUGUGUUUGCAGCGCCAUGGACAAAGAAGGUUGACUUCGACUUUCCAAGCGUCCUGGUCCAAAGUGAUUCUAUUCUAUGUAUAUUCUGUCCAUUUAUACCUGUGGAAAAGAAGGCGAGGGUCUCGAGUGGGGUGUUCACUGACAUGGAAUCGAAAGAAUACAUUUCUGCGAGUAAACAUCCAACGCGAAUGUGCUCGAAGCAGCUUCACCAGUGUACUUGACUCAAUGCAAAAGCAGGGAUACCCGCGUAAUGAUAAAAUCUCGAGCUUUGAA